AACAAAAUGGCGGAGGACGGAGCCGGUCGGCGCCUUGAACACAACUGGCUAUAGAAAUAUUGUAGUCUAUUUCUAGAUAUCAACGGCUCAUUCAAAUAUUGACUGUUUUUAAAAAAAAAUGCCAGUGUGUUUUUGAAGAAAUCCCGCCGAAGUUGGACUACGAGUGAUAUCGCGUUUGCUGGUGGUACCUACCCAGUGAUGGGAGAUGGAGGACAAGGGUCCUCGUGUAGCAGACUACUUCGUGCUGGCUGGUCUGACCGACUCCUCCACGCCACUGGAGCAGGAGAUCCACUUCCACGAUGUCUGCCACAAGACGGCCAAACCCAAGCCGCCCAUCACCGACGUCGCUGUGGUGAUGCGCUCGCUGGGGGAAGAGGUGCCUCCUGGGUACACGUGCGUGGAAUCCACACCGUCCGGCCUGUCAGCUGACCUGAACAACGGAAGUCUCAUGGCGCCACAGAUCUUCCUGUGUUACAGACGAGGACGAGACAAACCACCACUCACUGACCUGGGUGUUUUGUAUGAGUGGAAGGAGAGGUUGAAGCAGGGUUGCCACAUCAUCCAGACCACGCCCUGCGGACGCCCUGCCAACAUAAGCUCCACCUCCUCCCAGAGGAUCUACGUGACGUAUCGCCGCGCCACGGAGAGCCAGACCUACGCCGCCCUGGCCGUCACAGACAUCUGUGUCAUCAUCCCAGGCAAGGGAGAGACGCCACCACACACCUUCUGCAAGGUGGACAAGAACCUCAACAGCAGUAUGUGGGGUUCCUCUGUCUAUCUGUGUUACAAGAAGUCUGUGGCCAAACCCAACACCAUAGCCUACAAGGCAGGUCUGUUUAGCAGGUAUCCCGAGGAGGACACAGAUCUCUCCUUCCCCCUACCUGAGUCCGUGCCUCUGUUCUGUCUGCCCAUGGGGGCCACCAUUGAGGCCUGGCCGGCCCAGACCAAAUACCUGCCUGUCUUCUCCACCUUCGUACUGACCGGAUCCUCUGGAGAGAAGGUGUACGGUGCAGCCAUCCAGUUCUACGAGCCCUACUCCCAGGACUGUCUGACCGACCAGCAGCGCUCUCAGCUGGGUCUGCCGGGGUUGGACCACGGGCCCUCUUCCCCAGCCACCUCCCCCUCCACCCCAGCUCCGGGCCCCAGAGCGCUACACACCAACAAGUGUAUCUGUUUGCUGUCUCACUGGCCCUUCUUCGACGCCUUCCGCAAGUUCCUCACCUUCCUCUAUCGAUACUCCAUCUCUGGACCUCACACCCUGCCCAUCGAGAAGCACAUCUCCCACUUCAUGCACAAGGUCCCCUUCCCCUCCUCUCAGAGGCCCAGGAUACUGGUGCAGCUCUCUCCUCACGACAGCCUGAUGUUGAGCCAGCCUGUGUCAUCCCCUCUACCACUCAGUGGUGGUCGGUUCUCCAUACUGCUGCAGAACCUCGGUCCGGAGAAUGCUAUAACGCUCCUGGUGUUUGCUGUGACAGAACAUAAGAUCCUGGUUCACUCUCUACGGCCCGCUGUUCUGACCAGUGUCACUGAGGCUCUGGUGGCUAUGAUCUUCCCAUUCCACUGGCCGUGUCCGUACAUCCCUCUGUGCCCGCUGGCUCUGGCAGGGGUCCUCUCCGCCCCCUGCCCCUUCAUUGUGGGUGUCGACUCACGCUACUUUGACCUUUACGACCCCCCGCUGGACGUCAGCUGUGUCGACCUCGACACGAACACCAUCUCCCACAACGGAGAUAAGAGGGCCCUGACCUGGAAGAUCCUGCCAAAGAAAGCCUGUAAAAACCUGAUGAAUGUGCUGAACAAUCUCUACCAGCAACUGGUGGACGGUCAGCAGCGUCCUGAUGGCCUAUUGGAGCUGAGUAUGAGUGACUGUACAGAGCUGGCCUGUGGGAAGAGCCUCCACAGCCUGGAGAUGGAGAUACAGGAAGCCUUCCUCAGGUUCAUGGCGGCCAUCUUGAAAGGCUACCGCUCAUACCUGAGACCCAUCACCCAGGCCCCGUCUGAGAAGACUACUGACGCCUCCUCUCUCUUUGACCUGCAAGGGUUCCUGAAGAGCAGAGACCGGUCCCACCAGAAGUUCUACUCCCUGAUGACCAAGACUCAGAUGUUCAUCAGAUUCAUAGAGGAGUGCUCCUUCGUCUCAGACAAAGACGCCAGCUUGGCCUUCUUCGAUGACUGUGUGGACAAGCUCUACAGUGCAGACAAAGGAGGCAAGGUGGACAGCGAUAAGCCAGAUGAGACCAGGCUGAUAGAGAUUGACGAAUCACAGCGCAGCGAGCACACAGUCUUCAUCACACCCCCUGAACUACCCCAUCUACCUGAUGGAGAGGAGCACCCACUCUGCUACAGCUAUGCAGGUUUCCCGGUGUUGAGUCUUGAUCUGUUUGACCCCAUGGAAGGCCUCCGACCCCCUGCCUCUCGGCUGGCUGCCCGACAGAGCUGCCCAACUAGCCCUGCACCCAUGUUCAGACGCACCAAACAGGAGAUCAAGUUGUCUCAGAAGUUAGCCAAGAAGUACUCUUCCAUCCCUCAGAUGUGGUCCAAGUGUCUGCUGUGCCACUGCUACGGCCUGUGGUUCAUCUGUCUGCCGUCCUACGUCAAGGUGUGCCACUCCAAGGUGCGGGCGCUGCGCACCGCCUACGACGUCCUCAGGAAGAUGCAGGACAAGAAACUACAGCCUCCCGACGAGGUCUGUUACAGGGUCUUGAUGCAGCUGUGUGGUCAGUACGGCCAGCCAGUCCUGGCAGUCAGAGUUCUGUUUGAGAUGAAGAAGGCUGGAGUCCAACCCAACGCCAUCACCUACGGCUACUACAACAAGGCGGUGUUAGAGUCUACCUGGCCCUCCAGUACCAGAGGAGGUUACUUCAUGUGGAUGAAGCUGAGGAACGUGGUUAUGGGUGUGGCUCAGUUCAGACAGGCGCUACGCAAACAGCAGCCUCCACCCACUCAGAGCCCUCUGUCAGAUGGCAGCGACCUGGACGCUGUGAGUCACGGCAGCCUGGAUAGCUCUGCCGACACGAACACGGCCGAGCAGGGCCCCUACGUCCCUGACUCCAUCAAAGUAGACCCCACUGACGAUAGGCAUAGCACAGUCAGCCGCGGGGACUGGGGCGGUGUGGGGUCGGACACCCGGUCGGGUCACUCACACUGGGGGGGUUCUGACCUCCACUCCCCCCGCCACUCAGGUGAGCAGUCAGACCUGGGGUAUAACUCCCUCUCUAAAGAAGAGGUACGUAGAGGAGAGCCCAGCCCGCUGGACAGGGACAGCACCCAGGACAAGGACAACAAGAAGGAGAGUGACUGCAGCUCCUUGUCGGAGACAGAGAGUGCUAAGAGCAGUGGAGACUGUCUCCCUCAACAGGACUUCCCAGAGGUCAACGGUCCAUUCAAGCGGCAUAAUUCCGGCAUCGUCCGCGGCAACUGUCCCUAUGACGAUGUAGCCUGUGAGCCCAAGAGGUCAACCAGCACAGACCAUGUAGCAGGUCUCUUGUUGAGCUCCUCUCUGAAUGAGGUAGGUGUGGUUGAGACCAACAGUCUGAGGAGGAGACAUCUCAGUGCCCUUGAGGAGGGAGGUGGCAGUGGGAGUGGUGGUGGAGGAGGAGGCCAUGACUGGCAGGGUGUGCGAGGGUGCAGACUGAGUGGAGACAACAGGGUUGGCAGUGGUUGCAGUGGCACUCCAGUGUUGGGUCUGGGACUGCACCAGGGAGAGACUGACCCAGCCAGGAUAGCAGAGAACCUGGGGGCAGACACCAAGAUCCUCCUGGGGACCAGCUUCAGCCAGACCAACAGGCCGCGGUCGUUAGUCCUGGGAGGGUCAGAGGGGAUUGGAGCAGCCGGGGGAAGAACCAGGCGCUGCAGACGUAGAGACAGCCCUGAAGACGGAGAGGAGAGGGACUGGAGUGACGAGGACAAGAAUGACAAGAAUAAUACAGACGCCAUCUUUGAUCUGGAGGACCUAGAUCUGGACGGACCAACCACAGAGAGCGUUGCUAAAACCAGCCAAUCACGGAAGAGGACGGUGGAACGCAGCGCCAGCUAUGGCGGUGUGGGUGUGGCCUCAGCCUCGCGGAGCACCGUUAAACGAACGGGGAUCGAGACAGGCUUCGACCCGCUGUCCCUCCUGGCGGCCGAGUCCAAGUCCCAGGGAGACAGAGAGGACGACCUGGAAGUGGAGGUGGAUGGGGUCGCGACCCCUACGGGCCGGCGCCAGGACCACCUGGCUAGGGAGAUAGAGAUGUACAUGAACCAUAUGGGUUCUCCUCUGAACAGCCGGACACCCAGUUUGGACCUCCAGGACCCCUCCAGCCCCCUGUUCCUCCACCCUCCUCCCCCACUUAUCACCACCCCUCGACGGGCCAGUCUCCCCCAUACCUCCCCUCUCAGGACAGGAGGAUUACCUCGCUCCAGGACCUACAACUCCCCCUCGCCCUCCCAGCCUGCCAGACAGAGGCUCUGGUCCUCACCCUCCUGUCCCCGCUCCACCCCCAGCCCACAGCCCAGCCCCUACCGGGAGAGGGAGAGAGACCGGGACCUGGGUCUGCUGUCCCCGUCUCUGUCCUCCUCCUCCUUCGCCCUGGACCAGCUCCUCACCCCCACCCUGGAUGUGUUGAAGAGCAGCAUGUUCUCGGCAGGGAAAGGUGUGGCAGAGAAGGCUAGCCGGUGGUACUCUCGCCUGGCCACCUCCUACACCGUGCCCACCAAGGAUGGUAACUGUGACCGUCUGAGUGUAUCCUCUCUGGGCAUGGACCCUGACUGCUCCUCCCUGUUGGAUGUGGAUGAGGAGGGCCUGGGGGACCCAGACGGCUCCAUCACCUCCCCUCAGAGAAAUGGCCCCGGGCCCCGUAGGAGCCCAAGGAGAAGCCCAUCCAGACGCAGUCCCCUGAGGAGCAGACUGGACAGUUCCACACACAGACAGACAGGCUUUCCUCCCCCAGACUGCUCUGAUCUGGGCUCGUCUCGCUACACCAGCAAUACCAGCGUCUUCCAGAACCACGCCAUGGAGCUGUUGAUCUCCAGCUGUUCUCGCUGUAAGACGUGUGACGGUCUGGUGUACGACGAGGAGAUCAUGGCAGGAUGGACGGCUGACGACUCCAACCUCAACACCACCUGUCCCUUCUGUGGGAACCCCUUCCUCCCCUUCCUUAAUGUAGAGAUCAGAGACCUGAGAGGACCUGGGAGGUUCUACCUGAAGAGCAGUCCGUCAGCGGAGGAGGCUGUGUCAUCGUCCUACUCUGUGUCCACCGGUCUGGACACCGGGACGUCCACUCUGUCCACUCCCUGUCCCACUACUGUCCUGUCUCCUCUCUCACCCAGGAUCACUGUAGAGGGCUGCUCUGGUAACAGCAGGCUGUCGUCGUCCAGGGCCCAGUGUAUAGAGAUCCCUACAGAGCGGCGUCAGGGGGCCCUGUCCCCGGGGUCAGCUAUGGUGCGGAGUGUCAGUGCCUUUGACCCCAUGGAGGAACCAACUCGACUCAACCACAAUGUACCCACUUCAGGCAGCCUGCCCAGCCGGCUCAACGAAGCCAGCGACCCCCUGAAUGUUGAUAUGGAAUGGCGUCUCCACCACCCAGAACCAGUCACAGUACCCUACCUGAGUCCCCUGGUGCUGUGGAAGGAGCUGGAGUCCCUGCUGGAGAACGAGGGAGACCCUGUUAUCACAGUGUCAGCCGUGGUGGACCACCAUCCUAUCAUCUACUGGAACCUGGUUUGGUCCUUCAGACGUCUGGACCUGCCCAGCAACCUGCCUGGACUCAUACUGACCUCAGAGCACUGUAACAGGGGAUCUACGGUCCCUCGCCAUUGGAUGUCAGAGGACAGUAAACACGUGUUGAUCCAGAUCUUAUGGGACAACCUCAAGCUGCACCGGGAUCUCAUCCAGCCGUUCUACAUCCUGUGGAACACGCAGAGGCUUAAUUGUGCUCUGUUGUUAGACAGUGUGGGCUACCCGUUGUGUCGCCCUGUGAGCGAGGCGGAGCGUCCGUUUGGGGAGGAGCUACUCCACAGCGUGGUCAAGAGCAUCCAGAGGAACGAUGUUUCUCGACCAAUGGGACAGCUCCUACAGCUGCUCGGGCAGAGCCUGGGGGUCAAGAGGCAAAGGAGUCUGUACAGAGACAUCCUCUUCCUGUGUCUGGUGGCUCUGGGAAAGGACAACAUUGACAUCGACGCUUUUGACCGCGAAUACAAGAUGGCGUACGACCACCUCAGCCCCAACCUGGUGAAGCUGACGCACAACUGCGACCGUCCGCCCAGCGCUGGGGUCAUGGAGUGUCGCAAGACCUUCGGAGAACCCUACCUCUGACCUCUGACCCCUUUACCCCUGACGUUUCACCUCCGACAGACACUCCACCCGGCCAGUCACCUCCGUCACUCGGCCAGUCACCUCCUCCACUCGGCCAGACACCUCCUCCACCCGGCCAGCCAGUCACCUCCGUCACUCGGCCAGCCAGUCACCUCCGUCACUCGGCCAGACACCUCCUCCACCCGGCCAGCCAGUCACCUCCGUCACUCGGCCAGCCAGUCACCUCCGUCACUCGGCCAGCCAGUCACCUCUGUCACUCGGCCAGCCAGUCACCUCCGUCACUCAGCCAGACACCUCCGCCACCCGGCCAGCCAGUCACCUCCGUCACUCGGCCAGCCAGUCACCUCCGUCACUCGGCCAGCCAGUCACCUCCGUCACUCGGCCAGCCAGUCACCUCCUCCACCUGGCCAGUCACCUCCGUCACUCGGCCAGUCACCUCCUCCACCCGGCCAGACACCUCCUCCACCCGGCCAGCCAGUCACCUCCGUCACUCGGCCAGCCAGUCACCUCCGUCACUCGGUCAGUCACCUCCUCCACCCGGCCAGUCACCUCCGUCACUCGGCCAGUCACCUCCUCCACCCGGCCAGCCAGUCACCUCCGUCACUCGGCAUAGCACAGCCGUGGGUAGCCCACAUGGGUAGGGUUGAAGAGAUCUUUUGCGUCCAUGAAAAGCACAUGUAUAAAAUCCAUGUAUUUACAACGGUGGCUCUCCCAAAGAGGACUGAGGAGCUUUAAAGACCAGCUCAGGAAUCCACUUUAGAAAGACGUACAGAAUGGGCGACGAUGAGCUUGUUGACACUGUGAUGUUUUGGGUCAUGUCCGUCACCUGUGAGAGAUGUGACGGGGCUGACCAGAGACUAACGGAGCUGACCAGAGACUAACGGAGCUGACCAGAGACUAGCGGAGCUGACCAGAGACUAACGGAGCUGACCAGAGACUAACGAAGCUGACCAGAGACUAACGGAGCUGACCAGAGACUAACGGAGCUGACCAGAGACUAGCGGAGCUGACCAGAGACUAACGGAGCUGACCAGAGACUAACGGAGCUGACCAGAGACUAACGGAGCUGACCAGAGACUAGCGGAGCUGACCAGAGACUAACGGAGCUGACCAGAGACUAGCGGAGCUGACCAGAGACUAGCGGAGCUGACCAGAGACUAGCGGAGCUGACCAGAGACUAGCGGAGCUGACCAGAGACUAGCGGAGCUGACCAGAGACUAGCGGAGCUGACCAGAGACUAGCGGAGCUGACCAGAGACUAGCGGAGCUGACCAGAGACUAGCGGAGCUGACCAGAGACUAGCGGAGCUGACCAGAGACUAACGGAGCUGACCAGAGACUAGCGGAGCUGACCAGAGACUAACGGAGCUGACCAGAGACUAACGGAGCUGACCAGAGACUAGCGGAGCUGACCAGAGACUAACGGAGCUGACCGACCAGGGGGUUAUUAUGUAGUCUGACCAGUCUCACAAAAGGGAUGUUGUUGUUUUUUUAAAUCCCAUCUCAUCACCUGGUCGUUAAAGGUUCUGGACGUACCCCUCUGGAUGGAUGGAGAUCAUACUCAUUAACGUAACAACGCUUUCACACACAAUGACAUCUUCUAUUUCGGGGUACUUAUGUUUUAAGAAAUCUUGUACAAAUUGUGACAUAAAAUACAAAAUGUACUUUAUAUACGACAGUAGUAGUAGGGACCUUUUUAUAAAAAUAAAAAAACAUUUGUAUUAUAUAGUCAUAUAUAGAGACUAAUAUUAGCAAUAUUUUACUUGAAUUUUAUUUAUACUAAGUAAGACUUUUAUUUAUUUUAGUCUGUUUUAUUUGUUUAGCUGGAUGUACUGGCUUCGUGUCAGGGUGAAACAUCUAUUCCUCUCCUCCUGUGGUUGAUGGAUGUACUGGCUUCGUGUCAGGGUGAAUCAUCUAUUCCUCUCCUCCUGCGGUUGAUGGAUGUACUGGCUUCGUGUCAGGGUGAAACAUCUAUUCCUCUCCUCCUGUGGUUGAUGGAUGUACUGGCUUCGUGUCAGGGUGAAACAUCUAUUCCUCUCCUCCUGUGGUUGAUGGAUGUACUGGCUUCGUGUCAGGGUGAAACAUCUAUUCCUCUCCUCCUGUGGUUGAUGGAUGUACUGGCUUCGUGUCAGGGUGAAUCAUCUAUUCCUCUCCUCCUGCGGUUGAUGGCUGUUAGAAUGUUCUAGUAGUAUUUACAGUGAGUAGUGUAACUGUAUCUGCUACUGUAUCACACUGACGUCCAUCGUAAACUGAACUAAGCUGGUUGGAAGUAUUGUAUCAGUGAGGGCAUUCAAAGAUUCACUCAAAACAACUAAAGUUGCUUUAAAACUGCCAAAAUAUUGCGUUUAAAUACUUCAUUCAUUACUUUGACGUUUACAAAAUUGAUUGACCACUGUUUCUGUUUUUAAAGUAAUGUGCGACUGUAAAACAGACUCUGACAUCUAUGGCACAACAUGCUGCAUGAAUCGGCUCCUCAGAUAUCAGUAUUAAUAUCAUUGAAGUUGAAGUACCUUUUAAAGUACCUUCCAGUUAAAGUGAAGUAUCUUUUAAAGUACCUUCAAGUUAAAGUGAAGUACCUUUUAAAGUGCCUUCAAGUUAAAGUGAAAUACAUUUUAAAGUACCUUCAAGUUAAAGUUGGAGUACCUUUUAAAGUACCUUCCAGUUAAAGUUGGAGUAACUUUUAAAGUACCUUCAAGUUAAAGUGAAGUACCUUUUAAAGUGCCUUCAAGUUAAAGUGAAAUACAUUUUAAAGUACCUUCCAGUUAAAGUUGAAGUACCUUUUUAAAGAACCUUCAAGUUAAAGUUGGAGUACCUUUUUAAAGUACCUUCCAGUUAAAGUGAAGUACAUUUUAAAGUACCUUCAAGUUAAAGUGAAGUACAUUUUAAAGUACCUUCCAGUUAAAGUGAAGUACAUUUUAAAGUACCUUCAAGUUAAAGUGAAGUACAUUUUAAAGUACCUUCCAGUUAAAGUUGAAGUAACUUUUUAAAGAACCUUCAAGUUAAAGUUGGAGUACCUUUUUAAAGUACCUUCAAGUUAAAGUUGGAGUACAUUUGAGGACCUCUGUGUACUGUUAAGAACAUGUAGUUACCCUUUUGCUAUAUGGAGGGAAUAUUGCUACACGACAGUAGGUUCCGUGUUUCAAGUCCUUUCAUAUUCACCGAUACGUGUGGACCUCUCUUCAGGUGUUAUAAACUGUGAAUAGUGGGAAUUUACAAGGAACGUAUGGGGUUGUUCAAUACUUUUGAGGUAACUUUUAUUUUAUAAAACCUUUUAUUUUAUUUUAAUUUAUGUGUUUUAGAACCAAAAAAAUGAUCAUCCAAAACAGUACAAUGGUACAGAAUGUACACUGAACAAAAAAUAUAAACGCAACAUGUAAAGUGUUGGUCCCAUGUUUUCAUGAGCCGAAAUAAAAGAUCCCAGAAAUGUUCCACACGCACAAAAAAAGCGUAUUUCUCUCAAAUAAAAUGUUGCGCAUAAAUUUGUUUACAUCCAAAUUUGUUUAUCCGUUGUCAAGAUAAUCCAAAUCAAGAAGCUGAUUAAACAGCAUGAUCAUUACACAAGUGCACCUUGUGCAGGGGAGAAUUUAACGGCCACUCUAAAAUGCGCAGUUUUGUCACACAACAGAAUGCCACAGAUGUCUCAAGUUUUGAGGGAGCGUGCAAUUUGCAUGCUGACUGCAGGAAUGUCCAACAGAGCUGUUUCCAGAGAAUUGAAUGUUCAUUUCUCUACCGUAAGCCGCCUCCAACGUUAUUUCAGAGAAUUUAGCAGUACAUCCAACCGGCCUCGCAACCGCAGACCACAUGUAACCACGUCAGCCCAGAACCUCCACAUCCGGCUUCUUCACCUGCGGGAUCGUCUGAAGGAAGAGGAGAGGGGUGCUGAGGAGUAUUUCUGUCUGUAAUUUUUAAAAACUUUUGUGGGGAAAAAAUAAUUCUGAUUGGCUGAACCUGGCUCCCCAGUGGGUGGACUGGGUUCCAAGUGGGUGGGCCUAUGCCCUCCCAGGCCCCACUAUGACUUUAUUUUUAAUUGACUGAUUCUAUACACUGUAACUCAGUAAAAUCUUUGAAAGUGUUGCAUGUUGCGUUUAUAUUUUAGGUCAGUCAGGUUCUGUUAGGAGAUAUACAGUGCCUUGCGAAAGUAUUCGGCCCCCUUGAACUUUGCGACCUUUUGCACAUUUCAGGCUUCAAACAUAAAGAUAUAAAACUGUAUUUUUUUGUGAAGAAUCAACAACAAGUGGGACACAAUCAUGAAGUGGAACGACAUUUAUUGGAUAUUUCAAACUUUUUUAACAAAUCAAAAACUGAAAAAUUGGGCGUGCAAAAUUAUUCAGCCCCUUUACUUUCAGUGCAGCAAACUCUCUCCAGAAGUUCAGUGAGGAUCUCUGAAUGAUCCAAUGUUGACCUAAAUGACUAAUGAUGAUAAAUACAAUCCACCUGUGUGUAAUCAAGUCUCCGUAUAAAUGAGAGAGGAGGGGUGGAGGCAGAGGGAGAGACAGAGAGAGAGAGGAAGGGUGGAGGCAGAGGGAUGUAGAGAGAGAGACAGAGACAGAGAGAGGAAGGGUGGAGGCAGAGAGAUGUAGAGAGAGAGACAGAGACAGAGAGAGGAAGGGUGGAGGCAGAGAGAUGUAGAGAGAGAGACAGAGACAGAGAGAGGAAGGGUGGAGGCAGAGAGAUGUAGAGAGAGAGAGAGAGACAGAGAGAGGAAGGGUGGAGGCAGAGAGAUGUAGAGAGAGAGAGACAGAGAGAGGAGGGGUGGAGGCAGAGGGAGAGACAGAGAGAGGAAGGGUAGAGGCAGAGGGAUUUAGAGAGGGAGUCUCUCGAUGUGCAAAACUGAUAGAGACAUACCCCAAGCGACUUACAGCUGUAAUCGCAGCAAAAGGUGGUGCUACAAAGUAUUAACUUAAGGGGGCUGAAUAAUUUUGCACGCCCAAUUUUUCAGUUUUUGAUUUGUUAAAAAAGUUUGAAAUAUCCAAUAAAUGUCGUUCCACUUCAUGAUUGUGUCCCACUUGUUGAUUCUUCACAAAAAAAUACAGUUUUAUAUCUUUAUGUUUGAAGCCUGAAAUGUGGCAAAAGGUCGCAAAGUUCAAGGGGGCCGAAUACUUUCGCAAGGCACUGUAAGUCUAGAGUUGGGGGUCAGUAAGAAUGAUUCAUACCAUUGAUGUGUAGGUGAGUUGGGGUUCAUUCCAUUCCAUUUCAAUUCCAGUCAAAUCUCUUCAAUGCUUUUCAAUUUGGAAUUUGGUUUACUUUCGAAAUUGACCCAUUUGAAAUGGAAUUGAGCCCCCCUCAAGUCACAAGAUGUAUUUCCCAAACUGGAAGCCAGUUCUGUUCUGGUUUCUAACCCCACGUUUAAGGACGUCAGACACAACGCACCAACGUUCAAUAACUCGAUACGUCCUCUAACGUUUUUACAUAUGAUCCUAUGUCUAUGUUCAGCCAUGUACUGUAUACAAUACACACGUGGUCUGGGUUUCGUCCAUACAAGGUACUGUAGGAGUGACACCCUACGUUUGGGUUCGUUGUUCAGCAGCACAAAUUAAUGCUCAGUUGGCACAUCACAUGCAGUCAAAACCUUUUGGGGGGGGGGUUGUUUAUCCCCUGGCUUGUUAUACUGAUGAUACCAAGUAUCAGGACCUCGGUACAGUGGCUAUGAUGACAUAGCUGUUUAUCAAGUAUCAGGACCUCGGUAUAGUGGCUAUGAUGACACAGCUGUUUAUCAAGUAUCAGGACCUCGGUACAGUGGCUAUGAUGACACAGCUGUUUAUCAAGUAUCAGGACCUCGGUACAGUGGCUAUGAUGACACAGCUGUUUAUCAAGUAUCAGGACCUCGGUACAGUGGCUAUGAUGACACAGCUGUUUAUCCCCGGUCUGUUAUACUGAUGAUACCAAGUAUCAGGACCUCGGUACAUUGACUAUGAUGACACAGCUGUUUAUCCCCUGGCCUGUUAUACUGAUGAUACCAAGUAUCAGGACCUCGGUAUAGUGGCUAUGAUGACAUCGCUGUUUAUCAAGUACCAGGACCUCGGUACAGUGGCUAUGAUGACAUCGCUGUUUAUCCCCGGUCUGUUAUACUGAUGAAACCAGGUUCAGCCUUUGGCGAUGUAUUGUCUUCAGUUCAUUUUAUGUGUGUGUGUGUGUGUGUGUGGGGGGUGCACCUGAACAUAGAUUAUAAUGCUUUCAGUUGUCUUGAGUGGACAAAACCGUUGAGUCCACUUGACCAGGUAAACACUUGAAAAUCCUCCCAGGUUUAAAGUCCACAGCAACAUCUCUCUCGCCGGGGAAAAUACUUCCAACUCAGAAUGAAAUAAUUGAAGUACCUUUAUGACGUGAUAAUGCCCCCCUUUCAACAGAUACGUUAAACGCCUCUCCUGGCCGACUGCAAUGUAGACGGACACGUCACCAGUCGUCUUACCUAACGUGAGGCACGCCGGUGACCUCCAAUUACAAUGUAACAACAGACUGAUGUCAUUGGCUAGAAGAGGACCUUUUUGUCAAGAAGGGUCCAAUGAGAGCUGGCCACUUCAAUGAUUUGACAGCUGAGAACACCGAUCGCAGAAUAACGCUACUAUGCAAACAUGAAAUGUGACGUUGCUAUUUUGAAAGCUAAAGAUUGUUACCAACCACAACUAAGUGGUUAAGAGAGACCUGGACUGUUCAAAAAAAUAUCAUAUCACUCAUGAUAUCAGCAGUGUGAACAGCUUUUAAAUGGUUUAGUUGUCAAUCUCUGCAGAUGAAGGGCUCUAUUCAAUCCGCGAGGCGGAAGUGUUCCUGAUUGAGCAGAGACUGACGGUAAACGAUGCUCCAUGGGAAAUGAUCUUUACAUUCCCAUCACAGAAUCUGUCACUCUUCAGCUGUACAGACUGAAUAGAGCUCUAGAAGGUUAUUAGUCGUUCUAGAAGGAAAUGAUCUUUACAUUCCCAUCACAGAAUCUGUCACUCUUCAGCUGUACAGACUGAAUAGAGCUCUAGAAGGUUAUAAGUCGUUCUAGAAGGAAAUGUACAAACAAAAAUGUUUCAUUGUAUUUAGGGUCACUGUAUAAUAUUUGAUCUGCUCUUUGUAUAGAGAAGACAUUUUGUAAAAAUGUUCCUUGUGUUGUUUUACAGCUCUGUACGACAGGUCUGUGGAUCUGAUGAUGAGAUCAAUCAUGUUGGACUGGAUCUUUAGAGUUGUCUCAGACUGGAAAUAAAAUCACUUAUACCGUG